AUGAAAGCUGUCAACACCCGAAUCAUCCUGGGCUUCAUCGCGGCUCUAGCAGCCGUCUCAACCACCCCAACCGCCCUAGGAUCCACUCUGGGCCCUCGAGAUGGGAGUCUCACCCGACGGCAGGCAGUCUGCAACGGCCACGCUGAGCUCUGUGAGCGAGGCUAUGGAACCCUUGCCUACGUUGGAACACACAACUCCUACGCUGUGGACGUUAAUAACUUUACUCAGCAACUCAACGAUGGUGUGCGGAUGCUUCAGAUGCAGGCGCACGACGAGAGUGGUGUAAUCAAGCUGUGUCAUACCGAUUGUCGGCUCUACGAUGGUGGAACACUCGAGAACUAUCUCAGAACGGUUAAAACCUGGCUUGACGCCAAUCCCAAUGAAGUCCUAUCGCUCCUUAUUGUCAAUUCGGAUAACGUCCCGGCGGCCCGUUAUGCGGAAGUCUAUGCCAACACUGGCAUGGAUGUCGUUUCCUACAGCCCGCCGACCUCACCUCUCCCCGCCCUCGAAUGGCCAACUCUUGGCUCACUCAUUGGCUCGGGCCAACGAGUCAUUACCUUCCUUUCUACUACGGCUAACCCAGAAAUCCCCUAUCUUAUUGACCAAUUCCCUAACGUUUGGGAAACCAAGUUCAACGUUGUAGAUCAAAGCAACUUUGAUUGUCAAGUGGACCGAUCUAGAGGAGACCCUUCGACUUCUCUCUUCCUCAUUAACCACUAUCUCGACAAACUCGUUCUUGGACAACCUGUUCCCGACCUUGACAAACUAGAUGCCACGAAUGCCGUUUCCGGAUUUGGUUCUCUAGGUGCCCAUGUAGAAACCUGCCGGGCUGUUCAAGGGCGUCCACCCAACUUCCUCCUUGUCGAUUUCUACGAGUACGGCGGUGGCUCGGUUUUUGAAGUCGCAGCUCAGAUCAACGGCGUUCCAUAUAACCCUGCCACUCCUGUCGCCUCCCCUAGACCAACAGCUGUCGGGACCCAAACUGCAGGCCGCGAUGCGACUGGAGGAGCCAGCGGUAGCGCACCAGCCCUACUCCAAGGCUCGCACCUCGUUGCUCUCCUGUCUAUGGUUGUAGGCACCGUUGUCAUCGCACCAUUAUUGGUGUUUUGA